UUGGGAGAAUUGAAAAGAUAAGAGUUAACACAGAAGCAGCAGGAAUGUGAGUGGGGAGAGCGAGUUCAAACGCUGCGUGACUUGCAAAUUGCGGGCGUGUUAUUUAAUAACUGGAAAGUCUGUCAGUGUUUUUUAUUUAUUUUUUUAACAUGUUGCGGAGGAUUUCAGCAAGGGAAUGGUAAUCUGUAACGACAAACGGGAAUCGUCAGUCAAGUGUGAUCAAGAGUCAUGCACUGAUCAAGGGGCAAUGAUCACAAACCACAGCUGGAAAGCAAAAAAGAGCAACCGGCAGUCAAGACCUCACCACUGCAGCAGACAGCAAAACAGAAUUGAAGGCGGAAGUUGAGUGUUCGGGUUUCCAGUCUAGAAGAAGCCCACUGCCUAAUAUCUAAACCGAUUCUUUCAUUGUAAAACAAACAAAUAAUAAUAAUAACAAUAAACAUACCGAGGGCAGUGGAAAACAAACGCAGUUGCAAAUUGCUUGGAUGGGAGAAAUCGAAUUCGUUUGUUGGAAGCUUGUCUGACACAGACUUUCACGGUUGUCUCUUUCGUAUCGAAUCAUCGGAUUUGCUUUAUUUCUUCUAUCGUAUCGCACGGGUUUUAUCUGAGACGCUUCUUUCUCGACUACAGACUGUGAACAGACUGGCCUGUGUAUUCGAUCUGCUUCCUACAACAAGUACUCCAAUCUCCUUAAUUCUACCACAGGUCUAAGACUAAGAGUAUUGCUCCGGUGUGUUUAUAAUUCGAAUUUACAGUUUAAUGACAAUUAAAUUACACACAGAGGGAAAACCAAGAACCGACGUAUAUCAGUGAACCUUAUGUUAUAUCCGUACACAUCUUUAUUUUGAUUGUGUUUUCGGCGUCUCUGAUUAAUACGCGUGGAAAUCAACUCUGCAUAAAACGUUGCAAACAUCGAAUUGUACAUGUUGGCUUAGUUUACGUCUUUGAAAGAUUCUUGAUAAGGAGGGUCGAAUAAGCCAAGGAAGCCCGUUUAAUUUACGCGGGUUGUGAAUUUUAUUACAUUAUUUUAAUUGAUUAUUUUGGCGAUAUCUUUACAGACCAGAGUUGUUCUUUUUUUUAACAGUUUAAGAAGCUAUUUUAAUUUUAAAAUUUAACAACGUUUAAACAAAAAGGUGGAGUUGGGUGUAUUGUAUGCUUUGUGACAAAUAACAAUUACCGGGCGAUAGUCUUAAGUAUUUGUAAUGUGUUUUUUUCCCCACUGACAGCUGUAAAAGGCCGUUGUUUUCUUGCAUUACGUUGACAUGAUUUUGGUUUCUUUGCCUAUUUAAUAGUCCUUGUGCUUUCACUGUAUUUUACACUAGUACCUUCUUGUCGCCAUGUCUUGAAGAGAAUAGGCUUUUAACAUUGCUACGUGGUAGUGUAAACAAUCCCCAGCAUUUUACAAUCAAAGGAAAUAAGCUUAUCGGAUCAGAAAUAAUUAAUAAUUAUGGCAGAUCGCGGUCGCAUACGAUAUGGCAACAACGAAAGUCCAACUGCUAGCCCUGGGACUGGACGGAAGAAAGUGCAUCAGUCGCCGAGUUCCAGAACCAAGCAUCAUAUCAGCGCCCCAGGACACAAUUUUAGGAAAGUGACUUUAACCAAACCAACGUACUGUCACCACUGCACCGAUUUCAUCUGGGGACUGGCUGGGUUUCUGUGUGAAGUGUGUAACUUCAUGUCCCAUGAGAAGUGCCUGAAGCAUGUGAAGACUGUCUGCUCUUGGAUGGCUUCGUCUUUAGUGCGGGUCCCAGUUUCCCAUUGUUUCAGUCCUCUUGGCCAUAAGAAGAAAUUCUGUUCAGUUUGUAGAAAGCAACUGGAGGAGAGCUCCGCCUUGCGUUGUGAAGUGUGUGAGUUGCAUGUCCAUGUCGACUGCGCUCCUUUUAGCUUUAGUGACUGUCGACAGUGUCACCAUGAUGGCCACCAAGAUCAUGACAUCUGUCACCACCACUGGAGGGAGGGCAAUCUCUCCUCUAGUGCGCGCUGUGAAGUGUGCAAGAGGACCUGUGGCUCCUCUGAAGUGCUGUCUGGGAUGAGGUGUGAAUGGUGCGGAAUCACAGCACAUGCAUCCUGUUAUAUCAUUCUUCUGCCAGAAUGUAAGUUUGGAAGACUGAAGAAAAUGAUUCUUCCCCCAAACUGUGUGCGGGUCAACUCCCGAAACUUCAGCAAAAUGCACUGUUUCCGGAUCUCUGAAAGUUCUCAAAAAGAACCAGAUGACAGUGAUGAUGUUGAUCGCUCAGUUGCAGGGAACUUGAAAGAAACACAAUCCACCUCAUCCUCAGAUUCAAGCAAACAGACCCUAAAGAUAUUUGAUGGCAAUGAUGCAGUGAAGCGCAACCAGUUUCGCCUAAUAUCGGUUCCACGGAUCGCCAAAAACGAAGAAGUUGUGGAAGCAGCGCUGAGAGUUUACUACAUCCCAGAUGAGCCUCAAGACUACGAGCUCCAGAUAUACUGCCAACAGGUCCUGGUUAACGAGGAUAUCACCAACUGCAAUGGGGCCACGGAAAACCCCAAGUCGCAGUCCGUGUUUAAGGAGUCUGUGCCUGAGGCCUGGGUGCUCCAAGCCAAGCCAAAGGAGAGCGAAGUCCUCAAGAUAUAUGCUGGGUGGUUAAAACUGGGAGUGGCAUACAUCUCCAUCUUGAUCACCAAGAAAACCACUGUCGAGUCUGUCAUUAAAGAAGUUCUUCAGCAGCUAGGAAGAUCGGACGAAGACCCAGAGGGUUUAAGACUCGUAGAAGUACACAUGGGGAGCAAGCAAGUUCAACGGCAAGUGCUGAUGAACCAGGAACUUUUGCUGGAGAAACUUCAGGCCAUCAGAAAGAACUCUAUUCGGCAAAUGAACCAGACCCGGUUCUACAUUGUGGAGAACAGGAACUCCGUGGUGCAGGUGAACCUGUUGGUGAGCGGACUACCAGUACAGCUGAGUGAAAAAGAAUACACUGAACUUCUUCAAGAACACCUCGCCAUUAAAACUCAUCUAGUUUCUGUCACUCAUGUUUACACAGGGCAAGGGGCUGUGGUACUGGAAAUAUCUUGCUUUUCUGAGGCAGAAAGAAUAUAUAUGCUAGCAAAAGAUACUACAAUUAACAGCAAACAGAUAUCUGCAGUUAUCAUUCCUGAAAUAAUGCAUAAGAAGCUGCCACGGGAAUGCUGUCCUCUUCUUGUGUUUGUAAAUCCCAAGAGUGGAGGACUGAAAGGGAGAGAUCUCAUUUACAGUUUCCGGAAACUUCUAAAUCCUCACCAAGUCUUUGAACUGACCAGUGUGGGGCCUCUGCCAGGGCUGCAUACUUUCCGGCAGAUGCCGCAUUUCCGGAUCCUGGUGUGUGGAGGUGAUGGGACAGUUGGCUGGGUCCUGGGUGCACUGGAAGAGAUGCGACACAAACUAGCCUGUUUAGACCCAGCCAUUGGGAUAGUGCCUCUAGGAACAGGUAAUGACUUGGCCAGGGUGCUGCGCUGGGGUGCAGGCUAUAGUGGGGAGGACCCCCACUCUCUGCUCAUGUCCUUGGAUGAAGCAGAAGAGGUGCUGAUGGACCGCUGGACUAUCUUGCUGGACGCCCAAGAGGUUGUUGACGAGGAUAAGGAGAAUGGCGUCACGGAGCCAGAGCCACCAAAGGUGGUGCAUAUGAACAAUUACUGUGGACUGGGAAUUGAUGCAGAGCUGAGUCUUGAUUUUCACCAUGCCAGGGAAGAGGAGCCCGGCAAAUUUAACAGCAGGUUUCACAACAAAGGGGUGUAUGUUAAAGUGGGGUUGCAGAAGAUCAGCCACACCAGAAAUCUGCACCAACACCUGCAGCUGCAGGUGGACCAGCAUGAGGUGGAGCUGCCCAGUAUUGAAGGGCUCAUCUUCCUCAACAUUCCCAGCUGGGGAUCUGGAGCUGACUUGUGGGGGUCCGACAGCGACGGCCGAUACGGGAAGCCACGGCUUGAUGACGGCUUACUGGAGGUGGUGGGAGUCACUGGUGUGGUGCACAUGGGCCAAGUCCAGGGUGGUUUGCGUUCUGGAAUCCGGAUUGCUCAGGGGGCCUACGUGCGUGUCACAAUUACAAAACCCAUUCCUGUCCAGGUUGAUGGAGAGCCUUGGAUUCAGCCACCGGGGGAAAUUAUAAUCUCUGCAGCAGGACCUAAGGUUCACAUGCUGAGGAAGUCCAAGGUGAAGCAGAAGAAGCAAUCAGGGAGUCUGAAAGAGUCGAGAACGGACAGCCUAACACUUUCCGAAGGAGUAAACUGAACACUAGCGGAGUCUUUCAACCCCAUUGGUUUGAGAAAAAAAAUUGAUUGUUAUUACUGAUUGUGGAGACUUCAACAAAAGGACAGAGGACAUCUAAGGCCAAAGGGAUUACUGUAGGUCAUUUCAGCCAUCUCUCAUUAUUUUAUAAAUCUUUCUUUUAUUGUCCAUGCCUUCAGUACAAAAUACCAGUAUUUUCAGACUAGGUAUGGCUUAAAAUGGUCAACUUGUUCUGUAAUGGCCACCAUUAACUCCAGGUGUUUUCUUUCUUUUACAAAGCUGAUGUACAAAUUACUCAAUACCUGUAUAAUCAGGGUUUCAGUCAUUUGAAAAAACAAGAAUGUUAAAUGAUUGAUUAAAACCCUAGUUCCAGUAAAGUGUUUACAGUAAAAUCCCAAUGGACAAUUCAUAAGGAAGCACAGUGCAAAAAAGGCUUUUAUUUGAACUACACACAAUGUUGUACUGUAUAGUGCCUCAUACCAGAGCACAACACCUUCACAUUACUGUAGGUGCUGCUCUAUUUCAUUUCCCCUUUGCUGUAUUUGAAAUCAAUCUCCAGAACAGAUGUGGCUUCUACCUAACAGUUUGCAGCUUUAUAAAUGUUGUUUUCAAAUGUAACUAAAAAUUAAAAUGUAGGGCCCUUUGGAACAGCACUCAUGAACCUAAUGAAUAUGUAGGUGCCCCUUUUGUGCACUGCAAAUAGAAUACAAUAAUAACAAAAAAAUACACUUUAGAAUUACAGAUGAAAUACUGAAAUAAAAUGCAUGAAACUUGUAAACAAUAACACAGGUUUUACUGUACUGCCUUCAACAACCCUUCAAGCGGGUUCAGAGCAACGCACCUUUUCAGGUGUGUUAUUGCACUUGUAAAAUGGCUUGUGGUGUACGGAUAUAAAACUGAUUUUCCUGGUUUGGAAUUAAAUGAGAGCCUGACCAAUUUUUGUAACUAUUUUAUAAUAUAAUUUAUGAUUUUAUAAAAGAUAUUGGUAAAAAAGUUAACCCCAUUACUUUUCACAGGCACUCCUCGUUUCAAGAAUAUCAUUUGUACAAAAAAAAAAAACUGCCUCUAACAUUAAGCACAAUCUACUGUUAGUUUUAUAGUUUAACUGUUAAAAAAAACAUGCCAUCCCUCCAACCCUAACCAAUAGUGCCCUUUUUGCAUCAAGCAUGUAUGUACCAAAUAAAGUAUAGAAUAUAAAGGACUGCUGUGAGUUGAGCCUUAAGUACACAUAACAAUAAACCUUGAAAUUACUUUUAAUGUGUUCCCCAAAACUAAAGAUUACUUAAAAAUUAAGCAUGUGACACCCCUGGUUUAUCAGGCCAUAUAUGUGAAUGUUCAGCUUUCUGUGCAUGUUAUAGUAGUGACCUUGCCUGAAAGCUUUAGAGAGAUAUAUCAUUUGGGACAUCCUUUGCCCAGGAUAAGACCAGUCUUGUUUCUUCUUGGUUUGUGCUUAACAUAUAAUAGUGGAGCUACAGUACCCACACCUUACUUCAGCUUACAUUUAAAAAGUACAGUAUUUCCAAGGUUUUUUUUUUUUUUUUUGCUCGUCGGGAAAAGCAAAUCGGAUAUAGUUGUUUCUGGUUUUACCUUGUGAAUGAUAUUAUGUGCCAGGACAGUUUGUUUAAAAACGCUGUAUAUUUGUUGGUGUGCCUCAUUUCUCAUUGCCCUCUGAGUGCAAAUGCCUCCUACCCAAAGGUUUCUACACCCCAAAGACUGCAGACAUUAGAAAAGGGGGUGCACUUGAAAGAAAAGCUCCCUAAAUAUUUUCAGCAUCAUAGCAUCAAGUGUCAGUGGUUUGACAAGCUUGAGCCUCAGAACACACUGUAUCCAUAAGCCUUCCCUACUCUGCUUGCUUGCUUUCUGUAUUGUACAGUUGUGAUGGUAUUUGUGUAGACACCUUAAGGUACUGAAUCACACUUAGUAAAUGUUGUGUAGCUUUUGUGUUUCAUGGGGGAAUCUCGAUCCUGGAGGCGGCCUCUGCUUAGUGUGCAUUAUUGUGACGUUAGUGGUCUGUUAUUCCACUUAGUGCCUCAUAUGUGCAUAUAAUAAUUAUAUAUUUAUAUCUGUAUAUUGUAAUUGUCUCUGAAACAGGGUCUUGCUCAUAUAACUAAUGUGUCGUUUUCAGGUUUUGACCAGUGUAAGCUUAUGUGCCUCAAGUUCAGAGCUAAUGUAUAUCUGUGUUUUGUUGUUUCUGUAAAACCAACACUUUUCCAACAGACCACAGCUUUGUUUCACAGAUACUGACCAAUUCAAGCUCAUCCUCAGAACAGAUUUGUAUAUUUUGGCAGAAAUGUUAUUUGGUUUAAUGUUUUGUUUCUCUUUUAACUGUAAAACAUGCACUGAAUGUGUAACAAUAAAUUCUGGGUUUAUGUAGUUGUGUACAUGUUAUGUAUAACAAGAAUCUGUCAAUUAAAAAAAUAUGUAUUUAAAUGUUUGAGAAAAUAUAACUGGGAAUUUAA